AUGCAGAAGAUCUUGCAAACAGAUGACAUUACGAAUACCCAAGCUCUUAGAAAAGGAAAAAGGAAAAGGACAGAGACAAUGGACUCAGAGAAUGCAAAUAGUGACAUGGAUAAAGGACAGAGAGACCCAUAUUCAGGAAAUGCCUUUCUGCCUGGUGAGAGCUCCAGUGAGGAAGAAGAGCCUUUAGCAGAAUUGUCAAAGGAGGAAUUGUGCACGAAAAUAAAAAGCCUGAAACAAAAACUAACAAACACCCGGAAAGAAAACAGCCGACUUCGACAGUCUUUGGUCAUGCUUCAAGUGUUACCACAGGCAGUCACCCAGUUUGAAGAAUUGGUUGGUAUGGCAGAGGCCCUACUUAAGGGUGGAGGAACUAUGUCUACAUCUGCAUCCACCCUCUGGAGAGCAACAAACAACUCCUCACCAGAUUCAUUUGCCUCAACAUGCAGUAAUUCUAAUUCUAAUUCCAGUUCACCAAUUUCCUUGAAGGCUGAAGAAGAGCCUCAUACUGAUGAGAAACAGUUCAAGAUUGAAAAAUGGCAGAUUGCCCGUUGUAACAAGAGCAAGCCUCAGAAGUUUAUUAAUGAUUUAAUGCAAGUACUUUACACGAACGAAUACAUGGCCACACACAGCCUGACUGGCGCAAAGUCCUCUACUUCGAGGGACAAAGCUGUAAAACCAGCUAUGAAUCAGAAUGAAGUUCAAGAAAUCAUAGGAGUCACAAAACAGUUAUUUCCCAACACAGAUGAUGUUUCAAUUAGGAGAAUGAUAGGGCAAAAGCUAAACAACUGUACCAAGAAGCCAAAUUUAAGCAAAAAUCUGAACUCUCAGGAUAUUAAGUAG